CAAUAAUAAUAAUAAAUGCAAAAAUAUCUAGCUGAAGAGCAUCGUCCUCUUUGGGCUACAAUAAAAACUACAACUCCCAGAAAUCGUUGUGACAUCGGAGUAGAUUGGUAUCUACCUCAACUAGCUAAAUGUGAAAGAAAGAACUGGGACAAGGAUUUACAGGAGCCAUUGUUGCCAACAUGAACAUGAUUACGUUUUUCAUAGUGGGCCUGGUUGUCCACAUUGUGUUCUUCAUCUCCAUCUUUGAUAUCUACUUCACCUCUCCUCUGGUGCAUGGAAUGACCCCUCAGCACGUGCCCCUCCCUCCCCCAGCCAAGCGUCUGGUGCUGUUUGUGGCAGAUGGCUUAAGAGCAGACAGCCUGUUUAGGCCUGAUGUCAAUGGGACACUAAGAGCACCUUACAUAAGGAGCAUAAUGGAAGAGAAGGGCACUUGGGGUGUGUCACACACUCGUGUUCCAACUGAGUCGCGACCGGGCCAUGUGGCUCUCAUUGCGGGGUUUUAUGAAGAUGUUAGCGCUGUUGCUAAAGGUUGGAAAGAGAACCCUGUAGAGUUUGACUCUGUGUUCAAUGAGAGCAAGCACACCUGGUGUUGGGGCAGCCCGGACAUUCUGCCCAUGUUUGCCAAAGGUGCCAGUGGAGACCAUGUUUACACUCACACAUAUUCUGCCGAGAACCAGGACUUUGCCUCCACCGAUGCCUCUAAGCUGGACACAUGGGUCUUUGAUGAAGUGAAGGCCUUUUUCAGCUCAGCAAGAAGAAAUGAAACCCUGCUCUCAAGAUUACAUGAGGACCAGAUUGUGCUUUUCCUGCAUUUACUUGGAAUAGACACUAAUGGACAUGCCCACAGGCCUAUGUCAAAGGAAUACUUGGAGAAUAUUGCAUAUGUGGAUGCAGGAGUUGAAGAGAUCGUUUCUAUGAUUGAAGACUUCUUUGAAAACGAUGGGAAAACAGCUUAUGUGUUUACUUCAGAUCAUGGCAUGACAAACUGGGGGUCUCAUGGAGCUGGACACCCCUCUGAAACUCUCACUCCUCUGGUGCUUUGGGGGGCAGGGGCCCAGACAGCUCAGAAGGUCACUUCACAGGACUUUGAAGACCAGUUACUGCACGAAUGGAAUCUAGAGCACCUGAGAAGGGUGGAUGUCAAUCAGGCUGACAUAGCACCACUUAUGUCCUCCCUGAUUGGAGUGCCCAUCCCCCUAAAUUCUGUGGGUGUCCUUCCCUUGCAUUACUUGGAUAACAGUGAACACUUCAAAGCAGAAAGCAUGUAUGCAAAUUCUGUUCAGAUUCUGGAGCAGUUUAAGGUAAAGAUGGCUCAGAAAAAGGAAACUACGCUGUCAUUUCUUUUCACUCCGUACAAGUCGCUGACUGAAUCCAGACAGCUGGAUUUUGUUCGAAAAGCAAGGUCACUGAUCCAGCAAGAGAAGUAUGAUGAAGCUAUCAGGCUCUGCAAUGCCAUGAUUGCUCAGGCUCUGGAAGGCCUCUCCUACUACCACACCUACGACCGAUUCUUCCUGGGCACCAGCGUGGUUGUGGGCUUUGUGGGCUGGACAUCCUACGUGGUCCUGGUCAUCCUGAAGACCCACGCCAGCCUGCGUAAGCCCCAUGCCCACAGAGACCCGGUAUCGGCCAGAAGCCUGUGGAGAGUGUUUGCCUGUGUGGCUUUGAUGAUCAUCGCGUUUCUGCUGAUCCAAGCCAGCCCCUGGACCUACUACAUCUACUGCCUCCUGCCAGUGCCGGUGUGGUACUCGGUGUUUAAAGAGUUUGGGACACUUGCAGACCUGAUGAAUUCAGCUCCAUCGCUACCUUUAAGCAAAUGCUUUGGAUAUUUUGUGGUGGUGAUUCUCGGGAUUGAGCUACUGGUCAUCGGCUUUUUCUAUCGGGCUAUGUUAACAAUGGGACUUGUUGUGUUGUCGGGGUGGCCUGUCAUAUCUCAGCUUUAUACACAAGCAAAGGGCAUGUCACUGAGCUGGGCCCUGGGGUGUCUGUUCCUCGCCACGUUCCCACUGAUGCCUGUGGUGGGUCGGGAGCCAAAUGUGCACCUUGUGACAUGCGCUGGGUCUCUCACUCUCCUCACCUCUGCUUCCUUCCUGUGGUUGUCACGGAGACGCACACCCCUGCAGUGGAGAGACUGUCAGCUCUGUAUCGCUCAAAUGGUCCAUGUCGCCCUCUGUGCCUAUGUGCUGAACAGCACCCACUCCAGUCUGAAGGUGAAACAAGGAUUACCGAUAGUCAACCAGAUCAUCAGUUGGACAACAUUAGCCUCCUCAUUUGUGGUUCCACUGCUGAGCUCCACCCGCCUCUUCCAACGUUUGCUAAGCAUAUCGCUGUCCCUGGUGUCCACCUACCUCCUUCUCAGUACAGGGUAUGAGGCUCUCUUCCCCCCAGUGCUGUGCUGGCUGAUGUUUGUGUGGAUCAACAUUGAACAGGAGGCUAUGCACACACAAGGCAUCUCUAAUAAGCUAGGGCUGUCCAGCUUCGAUUUUGCUGAAAAUAUUGACAUAACCAAUAUCAGGCAACUGAAGCUGGAUGAUAUCCGAAGAUCCUACUUUUUUGUUUUCUUCAUAAUAACAGCAUUCUUCGGCACAGGGAACAUAGCCUCCAUAAACAGUUUUGACCCUGCAUCCAUCUACUGCUUCCUGACAGUGUUCAACCCCUUCAUCAUGGGAGCACUCAUGAUGUGGAAGGUUUUGAUACCAUUUGUGAUUGUGAUGUGUGCAUUCGAAACCAUUCAGGUCUCAACACGGCUGUCCUCAAGAAGCCUGUUCCUGAUUGUACUUGUUAUCUCCGACCUGAUGGCACUGCACUUCUUUUUCUUGGUUAAAGAUUAUGGAAGUUGGCUUGACAUUGGAACGAGCAUCAGCCAUUAUGUCAUCGUGAUGUCCAUGACCAUCUUCCUGAUGCUGCUCAGCAUUAUGUCCCAUGUGUUGACAUCCAAGAGGAUUCAUGUUGGGUGGAGGAAGAAAACUCACUUCACCUGACAUCGCUUCCACACUUCCAAAGUUCAAGGGACAUGUCUGUAUGCCUAUA